GAGCGGCGGGGCCGGGCCGGGCCCUCGGCUGCCGGCGGGCGGGCCCAGCCCAGCCCGGCCGGGAGCGCUUCUCCGCGGCCUCCCUCGGUCUUGAUUUCAGCCUGUCAUUUUGCGUGUAAAUCACUGGGUUGAGACUCGAGUUCAGAUCAAGAUCAGAUGUGCAUUUCAAAGCCAGUAGCUGCUCUGGAGUGAUCUCAUGUGGUGGUUGGUUUCUGUGGCAGAGGCAGAGCAACGUGUGGCAGGAUGUGUGAAGGGCCAUCCAGGAUUUCUGGACCCAUUCCUCCAGACCCAACACUCUUUCCAGAGUAUUACAAACGUCCCUUCUCAGCUCGAGGGAGGCUGGAAGGAAAUGCUCAGAAGCUGUGUUUAACUUUAACCUCUGGCCCCCUGGACCCAGUUCCCAACCCGUACCUCGCUUUGGGCAGUGCCCGCCAGGCCCAGCCAGCCCCCCGCAUUCGCCCCAGCGGGAAGGACUUCCUGGAGAAGGGACAGAAAGGGACACUCAGCCUCUUACUGCAGCUUGAAGGGAUCUCCCUUGACAGGGAGCUGCCAGUCAAGAGGAAAGAGGCCAAGGACUACGAGAAGGAAAAUGUGAGGCGGAUAAAGGAGAUUCAGAAGAAGUGCAAAGAGAAGGAGCGAGCCCAAGAGCACAGCCAGCCCAAGCCUGUGAAAGCUCUGUGGAAGUCCCAGAAAUAUGAAAAUGUGGAGUCAAAGGUGAAGGCCAAACUGCAGGAGACCUCCCCACCUCCAAAUCCCGAGGCUGUGAAUUUCCUGAGGGCAUAUUCUCGCUGUGGCUCUGGGAUCAAGCCGUGCAGACCACUGUCCCCAAGGCCUGUCAGAGCAAAAGCAGGAGCAGGCACAGAGGCUCCAGAGGCACAGGGUGCUGAAACCAAGAUGCAGGUGGAGGGCAGGAGCAUUGACUUCAUCAGGCACAACGCCUGCGCUGCCAAGCGGGCCCCGCUGCGCCGCUCCCAGUCCCUGCAGGCGCUGGCCGAGCUGCUGCAGCAGAAGCACCGGGAGCAGGAGGAAUACAACGCCAAGCAAAAGGGCCACGUCCCCCAGUACCUGCUGGAGAGGAAGGAGCUGUGGCGCAAGCAGAUGGAGGAGCGACUGCGAAACCUGCCAGACCCCGACACGCCGCCCGGUCACACCAUGAUGCCAGAGAGCCAGCGGCUGGAGACCCUCAGCAAUCUGAAGCAGAGCCAGGAGCAGCUGAUAAAGGAUCUGGUUCUGCUGCCGAUGCGUGGAGACAGCCUCAAGAUGCAGAAGAGGCGGGUAGAGCUCGAGAGGAAGCUCUCCCAGAUAGAAGAGGCAAUCAAAAUUUUCUCAAGGCCCAAGGUUUUCAUCAAGUUGGACUCCUGAGCUGGUGGGGCCAGGUGUGCUGUGCUGCUCUGCCUGAACAUCCUUUAUUGCUGGGCAAGAAUGGACAUCACUUUGGGAGGGAAGGAGAGGAAGCCAAGUUCCAUACCCUGGGCCCAUGCAGGUGCUGAUACAGUGUCCAAUAUGCAGCUGGCAUCUCUUGCUGACCUUUCAGUGCUGUGUCUUGACCACAGAAAAGAGAGGGAGAUGCCUUAGUAAAGGCCCUGCUCAAUGGUCUGGAGAACAGUUGUCUCUGCUGCUUGACUUCUCACAGAUCAGCUCUCUACUCCAGAUCCGUGGCAUCACCUCUUACUUUCCCUUUUUUUCCUACUUCUAGAAAUUGGUAGAAGGUUUCUUGUGCUGCUUCCUGUAGUGUUCCUUGUCACCCUCUUUCUCCUGAGCUGGACCAUGGCCAUGGCUCAUCCUGAGCACCUCAGGGGACAGCUUGGGGACAAGGAAGAGGCACAGAGCUUCAGUGUUUUCUGCCCAGGGAAGGGCUGGGCUGUCAGGAGGAUCUGGUGGGGUGUCUGGAGAAGCCUUUGUUGUCUGUGGGGCAGGAGAUACUCCAAUAAAUCAUCAUUUCCA